CUACAGGGGGCGCUAAAACUCUUGCACGCAGAAGUUGUUGAUGUGGUGAAGGAGUUACCACAGCAAAUAGAAGGGCAUUAACUGUUGCAGAAGAAAGGAGAAUGGAUGUACUUGUAAGCCUAAAGCAUGAUGGGAGGCUGAGUGAUUAUCUAUAUAAGGCCUAUGCCUCCAAGCAUUUGUGUGAUGUGGAGGUAGUGACAUCAGACCAGUCCACCUUUUAUACACACAGACUUGUUCUGUCAACGUUCUCCGAUUUCUUCCAGAGGAAAAUCAAGGGACGACAAGAUUCUUACAAUAUGGUCAUAUCAAUAGAUGUGGAUUCAGCUGUGUUUAAAGUGCUGAUGGAAUUCAUGUACACUGGUCAGUUAUGUGUCACUCCACCUGAACGAAUUUCUCUCUACCAUGCUUCAGUGAUUUUAGAGAUGGACACUGCACAAGAACUUUUACAACAAGCCUACAUAUCCAGUGAAUGGCCUGGGAUAAUGAAUUCCAAGAUCUCUAAGAGCUCAUCUGAAUCAGAUCAAAAUGUCAAAGUUGGACAAGAUUCCGAGGUCAAAGAGACCAAUAUUCUGUUAGAAGAUAAUACGUCAAAAGGCACAGAGAAAAGUUUAACUAGAAGUAAAUUGUCUGAUUUACAUUUAAAGAAAAAGAAAAGGGGUAGAAAGAAAAAAGAAAUUAAGGUUGAAGAAGAUGCUGUCCAGCAAGUGAAGGUAACAGAAUCAGAUAGUAGAGGAGAUCUGGAGUUAACAGAUAAUCAAAUGGUUACCAGAAACAGAGGAAAAAGGAGGCCAGUGGUGGACAAAAAACCCAAAGUACGAAAUGUGAAGGAAAGUUCAAAGGAAACAGGAAGGAAAGAAACCAAGAAAAAGAAGAAAAAGGAAAAUGUCACCAAAGUUGCAGCUAAAAAGAUUAUCAAAAUCUGGGUUCCCAACGGUGCUAAAAUUAAAUGUGAGACCUGUGGAAAAACACUUACUUCUUAUACUGCACUUAAGAGACACAUGGUCAUUCAGCACAAGGAGAUACCACUCAGAUACACCCAGAGCAAGGCAUUAUUAAGCAACAUCACAAAGAGUUCAGGAGCCAUGCGUUAUUGUACAUUAACUGACAACUCUAAAAAGUACAUGUGCACUCUUUGCUCCUGUAGCUUUCAGUAUUAUAGCCUGUUUUAUAGACAUACUCAGGAAAACCAUAUGCAGGUCAAUCAGGGGGACAAACAAGGGGUGUAUUAUAGAAUAGCCAAACAUGUCCAGAAUAUGAAAUCCAUAUUUAGUUUAAAAAAGAAAAACAAGGGGAAAACAACAAAAAGAAACAGGAGAAAGGUAUCCAGUAAAGUGUAUGAAAAGUGCUGCUUUUGCCACUCUGUUCUUUCUAAAGGGAGAAUAUAUGCCAGCCACCUUAUCAAGAAACAUUAUUUGAGUUUUGAAAAAGCUAAAGAAUUAACAGGGUACCCUAAGUAUCGCCUGCAACAGAAGUGGGAAUGUCCAGAUUGUAACCUGACAUUUGUUGGAAAUAAGGCCCUGAAAAGUCAUUUUGAGGGAGUGCACCAGUUGGAUGAUAUGAAGUAUCCAUGUCCAGAGUGUGAUAGUUCUUAUUCCUCUUUAGGUACAAUUAAAUCACAUUUACGCUGGGUACACAAGAGGACUGCAGCUGAAGUACGGGAGGCUUUAAAGAACUCAGUCACCUGUGAAGUGGAGGGAUGUAACUACUCCACAGGAAACAUGGUGACCAUGAAGCUUCAUGUUGUCAAAGAACACCCAGAAGUAGAGUACAAGUGUACCGAGUGUAAUUUCACCUUUCAUGUGAAGAAGACGCUGAAUCGGCACAUGAUUGUUAAGCAUCUCUGUCGUUCUGAACACCUCAAGAAACAGUGUGACACAUGUGGAAGGAGAUUCAGCAAAAACUCUCAACUUCAUGUUCAUCAGUUUCUCAAGCAUGGCAUAUACCAUGAUGAAAUGAAGUUGUACCGUUGUGAACACAAUGGCUGUAAUAAGGUAUGCAUGUCAAGCUCAAGCCUGAAGUCCCACAUGAGGCGCCAUUCCUCAGACAAAAACUAUGAAUGUCCUUAUUGCUCUCUCAAGCUCAAGACAGAGGUCACCCUGAAGAAGCACAUCAACAAGAUGCACCUGGGGAUUCGGCCUCACUUAUGUCAGGUGUGUGGUCAGAGGUUUGGGGAGGAUUCGGAGUUACAGUCCCACAUCAAGAACCGACACUCUACCGAUAAAGAGUUCCAGUGUGAGCACUGUCCCUAUGCUACAGCCAACAAAGCUACAUUUUACACACACUUGUUCAUGGUCCACAAAGUCAAAGCAAAAGAAGACACCAGGAAGGAGUUUCAAUGUCCUCAUUGUGAGUUCACAACCCUACUGGGCCACAGAUUCAAAACCCAUCUUAAUGGACACAAAAAUAUCCGGGAGUACUCUUGUAACAUGUGUGAUAAAAAAUUCAUUUCCAGUUCAACUUUGAGGGCUCACAAACAAUGGACUCAUUCAGAGAAAAAAUAUGACUGUCCACAUUGUGGAUAUCAGACCAAAACCUCUCAGAAGCUGAACGAACACAUUAGAAUUCAGCAUCAGCUGAAAGGAUUCAAACCUUACAGGUGCCCUUAUUGUACAUUCACUUGUGCAACUGGUGGUAAUACACGCAAACAUAUCAAACAGAAGCAUAAGGAUUUGGAGGUGCGUUACAUCAGAGAUGACAGUCUGCUGGAGGCGGCACGGCUUGCCAGGAAAUCCGGAAACACAAUGUCUCUUAAUUACAUCUCAGUUCAGGAGGAUGUGAUUCCAGAUACACAGCCGGGAUUCGAGCUGCAGGAAUUUCAGUUGCCACCACAACAAGAACCCAGUCACCAUGGAAACCACCAAAUUCAGCUUACUGCAACACCAGCUGUGGUUGAGGUCAGCAAUCUUCAUACACUGACUAAUGUGGCAGUCCAUUCUGACCCAAUUAUUGACCCAAAUCAUCAUGUUCACCCCAGUAAUCUUGUGCCUCAGGAAGUCAUGGUCACUCAUGAAAACAUUGUAGUAAAUAACCAUGGAAACAUAGUUACUCUUGGUAAUGUCCAUCAGCUGACUGAAGAUAGUGUAGGGUACUCGGCCGCCAUUGUGAAUGCCAUAAAUCAGUCUAUGCAACACUUAUAGAAGUAUAUGUUAUGUCAAGGCAUUAUGACAUGUGUGUUUGCAUCUUAGAAACUGAAUGAGUUUUCAGCAAGCAUUUAUAUCAUUAGUGCCCCCCCCCCCCAAUAUGCACACACACAAAAUGUACAUGUAUCCAUCAUCAACUGCAUGUUCUAGUAAUGACUUACAUAUAUCAAUUAAGUUUCAAAGUUCAAUAAUAAUACAUGUAUACAAAUCUAUUAAAAGCACAAAAGAAAGGAUUUUUUUUAAUUUAUGUUGGAUUGUUUGUUUGGUUGUUGUUUUUUAAAAGCAUAUUGGAAUGUACCUGCACAUUCAUGUACAGUGUAUGCAUUGACAAUUUCAGAAAUGGAAUUUGAAUUUUUAAAUUAUUAGCAAAUACUGUAUUUUGCAAAACCUUUUACUAUAUUUUUAUCUACCAUGCUGAUUUUGAUGUAAACACAGUGUUGCUCUGAAUUGUUAUGAAUGAAAUAAAUCCAUAUAACCUUUA